AUGGCUCGCAGCAUGGCCGGAGCAUCGCUGUCUAGCCUGGCGGGAGUGCUGGUGCGGCCCCUGGGCGGCGGGGAGCCCGUCGACCUGGGCUCGCUGCUGGGCCGGGUGGUGCUGGUCUCCAACGUGGCUUCCCUCUGAGGCACCACGAGCCGGGACUUCACGCAGUUCCGAGAGCUCCAGCAGCGCUUUGGGCCUCAGGGGCUCACGGUGCUCGCCUUCCCGUGCAACCAAUUCGGCCACCAGGAAAAUGCCACCAACGAGGAGAUCCUGAAUUCACUAAAGUAUGUCCGCCCAGGCAAUGGGUAUGAGCCCAACUUCAGUGUCUUUGAGAAGUGUGAGGUGAAUGGGGAAAACGCUCACCCACUCUUCAAAUUCCUGAAGAAAGAGUUGCCCUUUCCACAUGAUGACCCCGUGUCUCUGAUGACCAACCCACAGUUCAUCAUCUGGUCCCCUGUGUGUCGCAGUGACAUCGCAUGGAAUUUUGAGAAGUUCCUCAUAAGCCGUGAUGGAGUGCCUUUCAAGCGUUACAGCAGGCGUUUUGAAACCAUCAAGAUCCAGGAUGAUAUUCAAAAGCUGCUUUAG